ACUGCUGGCUCUUCCCCCCACCCUACAGGAUGGUAUGAGAUUUGAAAGGAGACGAUGCAUACAGGAGGAGAGACGUCAGCAUGCAAACCUUCAUCUGUUCGGCUCGCACCAUCAUUUUCAUUCCAUGCUGCUGGCCUUCAGAUGGCUGGACAGAUGUCCCAUUCACAUCAGCAGUACGGUGAUCGUCGACAGCAGAACAUAAGCGACCAACAAGUUUCUGCCUUACCAUAUGCUGAUCAGAUUCAGCAGCCUCCUACUAACCAGAGGCGAAUGCCACUAACGUUCCGAGAUCCAGCAGCUGCUCCUUUAAGGAAACUGUCUGUGGAUUUGAUCAAAACAUACAAACAUAUUAAUGAGGUUUACUAUGCAAAAAAGAAGCGACGACAUCAACAGGGACAAGGAGAUGAUUCUAGUCACAAAAAAGAGCGGAAGGUUUAUAAUGAUGGAUACGAUGAUGAUAACUAUGACUACAUUGUGAAAAAUGGGGAAAAAUGGAUGGAUCGUUAUGAAAUUGAUUCUUUAAUAGGCAAAGGCUCAUUUGGACAGGUUGUAAAGGCAUAUGAUCGUGUGGAACAGGAGUGGGUAGCUAUUAAAAUUAUAAAGAACAAGAAGGCUUUCCUAAAUCAAGCCCAAAUUGAAGUGCGACUUCUCGAGCUUAUGAACAAACAUGACACAGAAAUGAAAUAUUACAUAGUGCAUUUGAAGCGUCACUUUAUGUUCCGAAACCAUCUCUGUUUAGUUUUUGAAAUGCUCUCCUAUAAUCUUUAUGACCUUCUGAGGAAUACAAAUUUCAGAGGGGUUUCACUGAAUUUGACGCGAAAGUUUGCACAACAGAUGUGUACUGCACUGCUUUUUCUUGCAACUCCUGAACUUAGUAUCAUUCACUGUGAUCUAAAACCUGAGAACAUCUUGCUGUGUAACCCCAAACGAAGCGCUAUCAAAAUAGUUGAUUUUGGCAGUUCUUGCCAGCUUGGACAGAGGAUAUAUCAAUAUAUCCAGAGUCGUUUUUAUCGAUCACCUGAGGUGCUAUUGGGAAUGCCUUAUGAUCUUGCAAUUGAUAUGUGGUCCCUUGGUUGUAUCUUAGUGGAAAUGCACACUGGAGAACCUCUUUUCAGUGGAGCAAAUGAGGUUGAUCAGAUGAAUAAAAUAGUGGAAGUUUUGGGUAUACCACCUGCUCAUAUUCUUGACCAAGCACCAAAAGCAAAGAAAUUUUUUGAGAAGUUGCCAGAUGGCUCUUGGACCUUAAAGAAGACCAAAGAUGGGAAAAGGGAGUAUAAACCACCUGGAACCCGUAAACUUCACAAUAUACUUGGAGUUGAAACAGGAGGACCAGGAGGGCGUCGUGCUGGGGAGUCGGGUCAUACGGUAGCUGACUACUUGAAGUUUAAAGACCUCAUCUUAAGGAUGCUUGAUUAUGAUCCAAAAACCCGAAUUCAACCUUAUUAUGCUCUGCAGCAUAGUUUCUUUAAGAAAACAGCAGAUGAAGGUACAAACACAAGCAACAGUGUCUCUACAAGUCCUGCUAUGGAGCAGUCGCAGUCUUCAGGAACCACUUCUAGCACAUCUUCAAGCUCAGGUGGCUCUUCGGGGACAAGCAACAGUGGAAGAGCACGGUCAGAUCCAACACACCAGCAUCGACAUAGUGGUGGACACUUCACUGCUGCUGUACAAGCUAUGGAUUGUGAAGCGCACAGUCCUCAGGUUCGACAGCAGUUUCCUCCUCCUCUUGGUUGGCCAGGAACUGAAGCUCCUACACAAGUCACUGUUGAAACCCAUCCAGUUCAAGAAACCUCUUUCCAUGUUACUCCUCAGCAGCAAAAUGCAUUACACCAUCAUCAUGGAAAUAAUUCCCACCACCACCAUCACCACCACCAUCAUCACCACCAUCAUCAUGGACAGCAGGCCUUGGGUAAUCGGACCAGGCCAAGGGUCUACAAUUCUCCAACAAACAGCUCGUCCACCCAAGAUUCCAUGGAGGUGGGCCAUGGUCACCACUCCAUGACAUCCCUGUCUUCCUCAACAACUUCUUCCUCUACAUCUUCCUCCUCAACUGGUAAUCAAGGCAAUCAGGCCUAUCAGAACCGCCCCGUGGCUGCUAAUGCGUUAGACUUUGGACAAAAUGGAGCUAUGGACGUCAAUUUAACAGUCUAUUCUAAUCCACACCAAGAAACUGGCAUAGCAGGACACCCAACGUACCAGUUUUCUGCUAACACAGGUCCUGCUCAUUACAUGACUGAAGGACAUCUUACAAUGAGACAGGGAAUUGAUAGGGAAGAAUCUCCCAUGACAGGAGUUUGUGUUCAGCAAAGUCCUGUGGCCAGCUCGUGACUAAACUGAAACAGAUUUGUUUCUUGUGUGUUUUUAUAGAAGUGGUGUUUUUCCAAAAAAAGAAAAGAAAAAAAAAGUGCAAAGCUGCUUGAAUCAGGAGGAGAUAGACUUAUUGAACCGCUACAGGAGGGCAAAGCUAACUAUUUUUUUAAACUUGAACAGAUUGCAGUGAAGUUUUUAGAGCCAUGUUCAUACCUAUCCUAGAUAGCUUUGAGAAGAUUUCUCACCUUUUUGCCCAUUUUAAUUAUUACAACCCAGUCACACAUAUAUUUUUCCCCUUGUUCAACAGAAUGAAUAUUCAAGAGUUGAUCUUAGUUGCAAGCAUAUUUUAAGGCAUGCCCAGAAUCAUAUAAGUGGGCAUUUUGAGGUUUUUCUUUUUUUAAUAUUAAGGCGGGAGGGGUGGGGAGUAAUAAUGAAUUUCCAUUCCCCAAACAUACAUGAACACAAAAAGCAGUACUGUAAGGAAGAGGGACCCUAAGAUUACAAAACAGAAUCUUUAGCUGUAAAAAGAAUGGUUGUAAUGGUGUUCAUGAGACACACGAAGCAUGCUAAGUGGCGGUGAUUAAGACUCCUUAUCUGAACCUACUGAGAAUCAAAGCAGCAAUUAUAUUGGGAUUCUGUGUCUCAUGUUUGAGGCUACAAUCAGUUAGUAUUGAAAUAAGACUGGUCCUGUAAGUAAGGUGCACUGAGAAGCAAUCAACAGGUUGGUCUUGACCAGUCCAGGGGAAGUCUUAAGUGGUGGUCUUUGGGAUAACCUUUGGCCUUAUGGAUUUGGACUCUAAGUUAGAAGAGCCUACCAUUUCAGAUGCAAUCACUUUUGGACAUGCUUUUGCAGACAGUCCUUAAUGCUGAAAACACAGAGAAUGGGUAAUUCAAGAGGCCUUUCUUUUAAAAUAGACUUUGUGACCCACUUAUUGUAAGGUAUUGCAAGGUCACUUUGCGUGUGUCAUAAAGCUGACUUCCUUAUUGGUUGAAGGUCACAGGAGUAGUGGUUUGCUUUUGAUGAAAAUAGCUACAACUGUGUUCCUCUCUGCUUUUCACUUUCUU